GACGCUUCAUGUUUCGGAGACAGUAGCCCGACAUAUACUGUUUACUCGUGCUUUGGUUAUAAUCAGUUAAAUACCGCUCAGCCUUAUAGAAGUUUACAGAGUGAAAUUGACAAGAAUUUAUACUUUUCUUAUUGUUACACUAUUUUUUGAAUAGUACAAAGUGUUGAAAAAUCAUUGAAAUAAUUAAAAUAUACUUAAUUCAUAAGUAAAUAUAAAGAAUUUAUAUUUUUGCAAAUAUUUCAUUGCUAAGAUGUCAGUCACAGAGGAGCGAAUUCAAGAACUUGACAGGACUUUUUUGGAUUUCAUGAGUAAAGCUGAAAAUCUUGAAGCAGCAACUAAAGAAAUAUAUGAAGAUUUACUCGAUGAAGUUUUAAUGGGUUUUGUAUUUGAUGUACAUAGAACUAUAAAAACUGGUAGUUCAGAUGUUGAGGAAGGAAUUCCAGAUGAUGAAUCCUACACAAUUGUUGAUACUCCUGGUUUGGAUGUAUUUGGUCAACAUCCAGUGAAAAAAUCUCAAGAAUGCAACUGUCCUAAUUGCGAUAGAGGAGUAGCAGCUUGUAGAUUUGCUACACAUCUAGAAAAAUGUAUGGGCAUGGGACGAAAUAGUUCAAGAAUUGCUUCACGAAGGAUAGCAAAUAGUUCUAAGGAUCUUAGUAAUUAUAGCGGUAUUAUAAGCGACGAUGAUGAUGAUGCUGAUUGGAGUGUAACGAAUGACAAACGCAAAAGACGAAAAGAUCGUAUGGGAAUGAAAAAAGCUAAACAGCCAAAGAGUUCUCAUAGAAAUGGUGAUAUUUCUAAUGAACAAGUCCACAUUAGUAAUGAAAAUUCUCCUUCCAAUUAUGACAAUAUGUCUAUUGAAGACAAACGAAUAUUAUUAGGACAAAUCUGUGGUGUUAUAUCUGAACACACCAAGAAACUUUGCACUCGCUCAGUAAGAUGUCCUCAACAUACCGAUGAUCAGAGGAAAGAAAUGCGAGCUAAUAUUGAAAUAGAAGAAACUUCUCGGAAUAAUACUCAAGAUAAUUUUCAUAUUGACAUUGAUGUUUCUGACGAGAAUGAUGGACAACAUUUGAGAGACACACUACCUCGUUGGGAACGAGAUGGUUCCAACCAAUCCAGUCCAGCGGAUUCAGCAUCUACUGCUUCCAAUUCAUCGUUUACUAGGAAAAGAGAAGCUAAACUUAAAGGAAGAGGCAAAGGCGGUAAACGAGACAGAGUUUCUCCUAUUUCUCAAGGAGAUUAAAUGUAAAUUGUAAUUAAUUUUCUAUUUUUACUAGAAAUUUGAAAGAAAAGAAUAUUGUAAUCAUGAAUAUUUUCUUUUAUAAAGAAGCUUGAAAUUCGACAUUUUAAUUAUUUCA